CCGAGGACAAGUACUGGUUCCGGAGGUGUCGAUUGCCCAAUGUUCAUGUUGUUCCGCACAAUCUGAGUUGCUAACUUCACCUCGCCUCUCACAACACCGGUAUCCUUCUCUCCUUCCGAACGCUCCUUCCACACAUUCUUUUAUGGCCCCAGGCUAACGCCUAGGAUUGCACUCACGCAAUUUACUUCCAAACGCAAUAGAAGAGUAGGGGAAAAACUGUAAUUUCAAUGUACUUUAGGAGAAUACAAUGUCGAGAUUGGAGGUGGGGCAUUUCGUUUCAGCCAUCCAAAUAUUCUAUUAGGCCGAGAUGCUAUGGUCAUGCAUGCUUUCAAUCCCAGUGCACUAAGACUACCGUGGAAGAAUGUGUUUCACAUGAUAGCAUAAUAAGGAGAUGUCUGUUGGGAUCUUUUUUGUCCAGGGUCGCAUCAUCUAAUAAUAAUUGUAUUGAUCUGAAUAGAAGGCCUAAUUUAUAUUUGAGAAGUACUCAGUUACGCAUCUACAGUUCAGAAAGUGAUGGAAGGAAUGCAAGUGAGGAUAAACAUGUAAAUGCACAUGAUGGAGCUCACUGUGAUAAGGAAAAGAACUGCCAAGAUAAGUUUGGCGAAGAUGCCAAACUCUGUAAUUCUCAUGCUCGACUUGGGGAGCAGGAUCAAGAGGAGUGGCUCAAGAAUGAGAAGAUUUCCAUUGAAAAUAAAAAAAGAGAAUCACCCUUUUUGACCAGAAAGGAUAAGCUCAAAAACGAGUUCCUGAGAAGGGUUGUUCCUUGGGAGAAAAUAAACAUUUCAUGGGACACAUUUCCUUACUAUAUUCAAGAGAAUACCAAAAAUCUUCUGGUGGAAUGUGCUGCUUCCCAUUUGAGACAUAAUAAGGUUGCUUCUUCUUAUGGUGCCCGUCUCUCGUCUUCUAGUGGGAGAAUAUUGCUCCAGAGCGUUCCUGGUAGUGAGCUCUAUCGAGAGAGAUUAGUUAGAGCACUUGCACAAGAUCUAAAAGUUCCUUUGCUGGUUCUCGAUAGCAAUAUCCUUGCUCCUUAUUAUAUUGAUGAUGAUUUAUCAUCAUCAGAAUGUGAGUCUGAUGAUGAUAAUGCAGAAUCUGGUGAGGAGGCUUCUCUGGAGUCAGAGGAUGAAGAUGAUAAUGAUGCUAGCAAUGAAGAGGAGUGGACUAGCAGCACUGAGGCAAAGUCAGAUGCUAGUGAUAAUGAAGAACAUGAUGCGAUAGCAACUGCUGAAGCAGCCCUAAAGAAGGUGAAAGCAGCUGUUCAGAAACUAGUUCCCUACAACAUUGAAGACUUUGAAAAGAGGUCAUCUGAAGAGUCAGAAAAUUCUGAGUCAACCAAAUCUGAGGUUGUGAAGCCUUCUGACCAAUCUGGAUGCCAAUUAAAGAAAGGUGACCGUGUGAAAUACAUUGGGCCAUCUGUUCAAAUGAAAGUCAACAAUAGGAUCAUACUGGGGAAGAUACUGACAUCUGAUGGUCCAACUAAUGCUUACACUAAUAUCCAUGGAAGAUCUCUCUCCAAUGGUCAACGAGGAGAGGUAUAUGAGGUGGAGGGGGAUCAAGUUGCUGUCAUCAUGGACAUUAGCGAAGAUAAUGCAAAGGAGGUUGAGGUGGAGAAAUCUAAUGAACAUACAGAAUCUCGACUUUGUUGGAUACAUGUUAAGGACAUUGAGCAUGACCCUGAUGCUCAUGUACAGGAUUGCUACAUUGUUAUGGAGGCUCUAUGUGAGGUUUUGGAUUCCAAACAACCUCUUGUUGUCUAUUUCCCAGACAGUACACAGUGGUUUCAUAAUUCAGUCCUGAAGUCUAACAGAAAAGAGUUCUUUCAUAAGGUUCAAGAAAUGUUUGACAAGUUGUCCGGUCCAGUUGUGUUGAUUUGUGGACAAAACAAAAUUCAAUCUGGGUCAAAAGAGAAAAAGCAAUUUACAAUGAUACUUCCAAACUUUGGACGCGUUGGUAAGCUGCCUCUUUCUCUGAAACACUUGACUGAGGGACUUGGAGCAACAAAGAGAUUGGAUGAUAAUGAAAUCCACAAGCUUUUCACCAAUGUUUUGUGCAUGCAUCCGCCAAAGGAGGAAGAUCAACUUGGAACUUUUAAAAAACAACUUGAGGAAGACAGGAAAAUUGUGAUCCGUAGUAGUUUGAAUGAACUACAUAAGGUUCUUGAAGAACAUGAGCUAUCAUGCUUGGACCUCUUGCAAGUAAAUACUGACAGUGUCAUUCUGACAAAGCAAAAAGCUGAAAAGGUGGUGGGCUGGGCAAAAAAUAAUUACUUGUCAUCUUGCCCACUUCCUUAUGUUAAAGGAGAACGAUUGUGCCUGCCUCGUGAAAGUCUUGAAAUUGCAAUCUCAAGAUUGAAGGAUCAAGAAACUAUGUCACGGAAGCCCUCUCAGGGUCUGAAGAACCUUGCAAAGGAUGAGUACGAGGGCAACUUUAUUUCAGCUGUAGUACCUCCUGGUGAAAUUGGGGUAAAGUUUGAUGACAUAGGUGCUCUUGAAGAUGUGAAGAAGGCUCUUAAUGAACUUGUCAUCCUUCCGAUGAGAAGGCCUGAGCUUUUCUCUCGUGGAAAUUUGUUACGGCCUUGCAAAGGAAUAUUACUUUUUGGUCCUCCUGGCACUGGGAAAACUCUUCUGGCCAAGGCACUCGCAACGGAAGCAGGUGCAAAUUUUAUCAGCAUAACCGGUUCAACUCUAACAUCAAAGUGGUUUGGAGAUGCUGAGAAACUUACCAAAGCCCUUUUCUCCUUUGCCAGCAAGCUUUCUCCUGUCAUUAUAUUUGUUGAUGAAGUUGAUAGUUUGCUUGGUGCACGAGGUGGUGCUUUUGAGCAUGAAGCCACUAGAAGAAUGAGGAAUGAGUUCAUGGCAGCUUGGGACGGUUUGAGGACCAAAGAGAGCCAAAGAAUCCUCAUUCUUGGUGCAACAAACAGGCCUUUCGAUCUUGAUGAUGCUGUUAUACGCCGCUUACCAAGAAGGAUAUAUGUGGAUUUGCCAGAUGCUGAAAAUCGGAUGAAGAUCUUAAGAAUAUUUCUCGCACAAGAAAAUCUUGAUCUUGAUUUUCGGUUUGAGAAACUUGCCAACUUGACUGAGGGAUACUCUGGCAGUGAUUUGAAGAACCUUUGCAUUGCUGCGGCAUAUAGACCUGUUCAAGAGCUCCUAGAGAAUGAAAAGAAGGCGGGUUAUAAUGGUCCAACGGCAGCAUUAAGGCCUCUAAAAUUGGAUGAUUUUGUUCAGGCAAAAUCUAAGGUUGGCCCAUCAGUGGCCUAUGAUGCAGCAAGCAUGAAUGAGUUGAGGAAGUGGAAUGAAAUGUACGGAGAAGGUGGAAGUAGGACAAAUUCUCCAUUUGGAUUUGGAAGCUGAUAAUAAAGCUUCUGUUUCUAACUAAUUUUAUCAGUGAGGUUACAAUGAAAAGCAAUAUACCAGAAAAGUGGCAAAUAGCACAGGGAUGGAUACUCUAUACUUCUCAAGAAAAUUGAUGCAUAGUUCAGAGAGAAAUAUAAGGUUGGGUAGGUCCCUACUUGGUUCUUUCAAUCUCUGAACUUCACCUCUAGAAAAUCUAUUUUGAAUUGAAUCCCCGUAUUUACCACACUGUCCGGCCUCUAAUUUGUUACUCUGUAAAAGGCUAGUGCUCUUAGGUUUUUACUAAUUCAUAGUUGAUAUCCAACGAUCCUGCUUUGGAGGGUUGGGCAUUUUCUAGGUGGUUUUCUUCCCCCCCCCCCCCC